UUAACUUCAUUCCAACAUUCUUUAUUCUCCUCCUCUUCUCUUAAUUUUCUUCCAAAUUUUUCAUUUCAUUUUCUUGCAAAUCCAAUUGAUUAUGGCUAAUUCUUCAGAUCCCGCCAUCUGCGCCGCAUCUCUCCCCAUUCCCGUCGAUUUGUUCCUAUCCAAAAAACAUCCCGACCACGUAACUACUUCCUCCGGCGAUUUCAUUUUUCGACUCAGUCGUCAAUCUUUGAAAUCGUCGUCAAUUGACAAGAUUGUGCUGCACGACGCCGCCGCCGCCGCCGGUCCUCUCAUUUCCAUUCAUCGUGUUAACAAAGAAUCUUGGCAAGGCUUCAAGGGGGAUAUUGGCGAGCAGGACUUGCUCUUCAAAGUGGAAAGAACACUCAACAAACUUAGAAGAACUGAAUUCAAAGUCUUCCUUGUGGGUGAAAAUUCAGACGACUCAAAUGCUAGCUUGGAGAUGAAAGGCUUUCCUUUCCAGAGAUCCUGUACUAUAUAUAAAGGCAACACUAUAGUGGCUCAGACAAGCCUGAUGCACAAGCUUCACCAAAUUUGCGUCAGAAGAGGAAGAUUUCGACUAACCAUUUUUCCUGGCACUGUAGAUCCAUCCUUGAUCGUGGCUUUGAUUGUAAUAUUCUUUGAUGGACGAAUAUAACAGAACUGAGCCAUAAUUCAGAAGAUGCUCAUCUUUAUGAUGUUUGAAAAGGAAGAUUGAAUGCAAGAAGAAAAGAACCAAAAUCUUGCCAACUAAAAAGGCAGCUCCAGAAUAAAGAUGCAAAAAACAAAUAUCAGGCAAGAUUUUAUUGACGAGUUAAAGAGUUGCUAUGUUUGUAAAUGCUUUUUCUCAAUAGGGAAUUUGUAAACAAGAUUAAAGAUUUGCAUGUGGAUUUUUUUUUAUGAUAUAAAUAUCUUAGAUUUCUUUUUUUAUUGGAA